UCGCAACCCGCGGUGCCCGUCACCCGUCUGCGAUGAGUUUAGUUUUCAAAACAAGACUCUGGUUGCCGCUCGUAGGCCGCACUCGCGUUUAAACGAAAAGCUCGGGAGAGCCGGAGUCAAAACCUGCUAACACGGAAGGCUGUACCGUAGCAUAGUGUCUCGCGAGCGGUCUUCUUUUCUUUCGGUAUUUCCCGUCUUCUGGUUUAAAACGUGACGAAAAAAUGGACACCCUACGCGAGCAGGUGAUGAUCAAUCAAUUUGUGCUGGCUGCAGGUUGUGCCAGGGAGCAAGCGAAACAGUUGCUACAAGCGGCGCAUUGGCAAUUUGAGACUGCCCUUAGUAUUUUCUUCCAAGAAGCAGCGAUACCUCCAUGCGCGCAAGGACCUGGCACACAUUUUGGCCAAAUAACGCCAUGCAACACCCCGGCCACACCACCAAAUUUCCCUGACGCGCUUUUGGCGUUCUCCAAAAUGUCCGCAGGCGACAAAACUCCAUCAGGAAUGUCGCCGAGCCAAAAUGGAUUGCAUCAGAACUCGAUGCAGAUGGGGAUGGCGACGCAACACCACGGAGGACGGUGUAGCGUGACCGGGAACACGCAACAGCAAACGCAAAGUCAACAAUUGGGCCUAGGCGAGCCGCAGAGAUAAAAGAGACUUGCGAUUCGGCGGCCCGUGCGCAAGAUCCCGAGGUCGCACGAUGUGCACGUAAACGGUGUUUAAAAACAGGAGGCAAUGGUUUAUAAAAGAUCGACUGACUCGCCAGUGUUACACGCUGCGUAACCACGAGAGCGAUUUAUUAGCCGAGAUUCACGCGCUCGUAUCUCCUCAUCCCUAGAAGAAGGACGCAUGAUAUUCCUGCAAAGAAAACAAACAAAAAAUCUCGUGCGCAAAGAAAGAAAAACGCAGAUUAAUCAUUUAGGACGUGCACGUCUCUAGAAGAAAACAAGAUCUCCCUCUGUCUCUAAUAGAAAGGAAUCCUCAUCUCUAUCCUCAUUGAAUUGCACGAUAUACGUACGUGGAUCUCUAGAGUAGCCGAUGCGACCCUCGUUUAUUCUUGUUAUUCUUUGAUAUAUACAUAUAUAUGGUGUACAUCGAAACACAACACGUCGAUCACGGUCGAGCCUCUUCAGGACCUCUCGAAAAGAAACAAAAAAAAGCUCUUCUCUUCUUCCGUCGGAUUAUUCUGGUGAUACGAGUAAGAGAGGGGGGAAGGGGGAAGAAAGAAGGGAAAAAGAAAACACACGGAGAAGAAGGAAGAACACGAGAACGGAAGUUGCAAAGACUAUUUUUUAUUUUUUUCUUUCUCAUUUCUUUUUCAAACGUGCUGCUGGGACGGUAGUUCCUAUGGUUAUGAAAGACAGCGAUACUCUCCUUAGCGUUUAUGAAAUUAGUAUGCGUCCAGAAUGCCGCUUGAUGUAAAUGAGUAGCGAGAAGCCUCCUCCACCGUCCCGAGUAUCUUCCUUGUUGUUUCUCGAUCUACAGACUCGCGGCUAGAUAGGAAACAUUUGCGGUUCGUGGGCCGCGGAAGUCAAUGAGAAAUCGAAUACCACUUCCACACCAUAGUACAAAAAAUUGCCGGCACUGGAUAGCGCUUAGCGAUGAAUGUUAGUUUAUGUUUAUUUUAUUUCCUUUUCUUUCUCCUUUUUUUCUCUUUCUUUGGUAGUCGAACAAAAUACAUCGUGAAUGUAAUUCGAUUCCGGUUGACUAUGAGUUGAAAAAAGGUUAUUGUACUCGUAUUUCUUGUCGUCUGUUUUGUUUUUGACGACGAUCGAAUUUAAUACAGAGACUUUUAUGUAAAAUCCGAUCAUUGUCGGCAUUGUCUUAUAAUGAUAGUAAUAAUAUAAAAUGUCUAACGAAAGGUUGAAAAAGAAAAAAAAAGAAUUGUUCAUGCUCAACGCGACAAGAGCAAUGAAUAGAAACACGAGGCUAAUAUUAUAAUGAAUGCGAAAUUACGACGAAAUAUUAUGUAAAAAAUUGUAAAAAGAAAUUUACUGAUUAUGUAAUGUCCACUAAGUAUUUAUGUAAAGUUACUCGAAGAAUUAUAUAUGUAUACAUUUCUUAGAACGUCGUUUACACGAGAAUAUCACUUGCUCAGAUAGUAUAUCCAGUGUAGGUCAUUUUUGUUCUACGAGGAAAAAGGCAGUGGAGCCAUAUUAGCUGAGCUGUUUCAUCGUCAAUUGAAUUUAUAAAUAGGAAUACAAAUAGGAAUUUCGUACUACUUCACAUGUGAAAUGAUUUGAUCCUAGAGUUCGUGUUAUUCGCAGAAAUUCUUGUACAACAGCUUAUUGUAAUUUACCUAACCAGUAUAUAAUAAAACUGUUUUCCAUUUCA